UUGCGUGCACUUCAAUAACCUCGGCCGAGACGUGCUUUCAACAAAUUUAGUGUGAAAAAAAAGUGUAAAAUUGGAUUUUAUUUUAUUUCAAAAUAAAAUCAAGCAAUUCGAAAACAAUUGAUUAGAGUAAUUCAUUUUCAUUAGUAAACGCAGAGAGACACCGACAUCGAUGUCUCCGCAAUUAGAGAAUGCUUAAGUUACCAAAAGGCUUAAAAAAGAAAAAGAAGAAGUCGAAAAAGGAUCAAGAACUCUUCACAGAAGAGGAACUCGAACAAUAUAAGCGCGAUUUACGGGCUAAGCAGGAGGCAGCCGCUGCUAAAUCGGACGCUGGUGAAUCGGACGCAGCAUCAGACGUUGAGGGUUUAGCACCAACUGCAGCAUCCACUUCCAACGCAGCUCCGGCACAAACUGAAACAACUGCUGGGACUACUAACACCGAUACAAGCGCUAACGGCGCAGCAGCGCCAACAGCAGCUGCCAAGAGUGCCGGAGAGGACGAGGAGUGGGCUAAAUUUAAGGCGCUUACAUCCGGUGUUGAUACUAUAUUACACAAAACUCAAGACGAGUUAGAUCGUAUCAAAAAAGAAUCAUUUUAUCAACGCUUACCAUCAGCGGCAGAGAAGAAACGUCUCGAGGAAGAGGAAGCCGCACGCCGUGAGGCAGAGCGUUUAGAGGAGGAACGUCGUAAAGCAGCCGAGCUAGAAGCGCAGCGUGAUAAACUAGCUGAAGCUGUUGUAGAGUUAUCCGAAUCGGAUGGUGAGCAGGACGAAGAGAUCGAUGAUAUCUUCGCUACCGACUAUAUAGAAGCUAUAACUAGUGGUGAAGUACAGUUAGCUGUUGUUCCCGAAUCGCCUGUAUUAGAUUUGGACGACGGUCCAGAUCCGUUUGAUACCGCUUACGCUGAAAAAGUUAUCGUUGGUGCAGAUAAGGCUAAAGGCAAUAAGAAACUUGUAAGUCUUGGCGCUGCGGUCGAGGUCCUUUCGGGACGUGUUGACCGUGAGCACGCACUUGCGCUUGCCAAACCCAAGCGCAAGCUACGGAAAGGCAUACAAAAUCUAUUGCUUAGCGAGAGUAUCGAUCUUGCCGACCAGGAAGUUGAAAUAGUCGCGGCAGAACCACAGAAGAAUUUACUCGACGAAUUAGUCGACGACGUACCCGAGCCAGAUGCUCCGAUUGAUUUAAGUGUCUCACUGCAUUUGCACUUGAUACAACACAAGAAACAGGAAGAAGACGAAGAGGAGGAAGAAGAAAACGGUGCAGGUCUGCCGGAUUUAUCCGAGUUUGAUACUCUUAAAGACGACGAUGAUGAUGAAUUUGCUGAAUUAGCUGCAGAAUCAUUGACAAAGAAAGAAGAAGUAAAAGUAAUCACACAGAUACCAAUUCCCCAACCGGAAGCACUCUCAGAAGUUGUUGACGCUGAUUGGGCAGAGUUUGAGCAAACAGUAGAGGAAGAGUCACAAGCCGCAGUAGGACCCGACGGCAAGGCCAAGCCCGCACGUCCACCGCCGCCUGCUCGGCCCACUUCAGGCCCACAUUUAAUACCCGGUGCCAUUUACGUGAGUGACGACGAAGAAGAUUUCGCUGCAGACGAUCCAUUCAAUACCGCUUACGCUGAGCAAGUUAUCAAAAAGACUACCGUACUCGAGGAAGACGACGACUUCGAUCCAAGGGCUGAAGAAAAAUCAGCACCACCGGUGAAACCACCACCACCAGCGGCAAGUUUAUUAUCACAACCAACACGCGAUCUCUUGGGCGGCAGUGCCACCGAUUUAUCCAAGGUUGGUCCGGCUCCUAUAGCGCCGACACAAGAAACCGAAGAGGAACCAGCGGAUUUCGAUCCAUUCGAUACCUCAGCGGUUAGUGCCAUCGUUCAACCAAAGGCGACAGAGUUAAAGUUUUUGGAGCGUGAACUUUUGCCUGAAAGUAAUCUCAAGCAUUCACUCAGUGAUCCAGACUUUGAUCCACGUGCAGACGAGCCGACAGUCACCGCCGCUGCAACAAGUACUGCAAAGCCGCCGGCCCGACCGGCCGCACCCAUUGUGCAAACACAAUACACUACUCCAACCGUUGACUUUGAUACUGCACGUCGCAAGUCUUCCUUAAGUUUGAAUAUUCAAUCUAAAAGUGUUGGAUUCUUAGUGCCAACACAAGAUUUGCUCGGUGCUUCGAAUGACGGUCACGGCAAUAAAAAGCCACUGACACCUUAUUACGCACCAAGCGGCGCACCGGAGAAAAUCUGUGAGAAAGACUCUGAAGAUCCCUUCGACACAUCCUAUGUACCAGAGGCGAAACCCAGCGAGGUUGAGUUAAAACAUCUUGAGCAGGAUUUAUUAACUAAAAAUACACUAAAACAUAGUAUAUCCGAUCCUGAUUUCGAUCCACGUGCACCACCAACGCCGGUGCCUGCGGAAGAGCUCUUAGCCGUAAAGGAAGAUAUUAAAGCGAAAGUUUUAACGCCAUCUCAAGAGAGUAAGGAUAUACCAGACGACACAGCUGAAUAUAUAGAUCCAUUCGAUACAUCCAUUGCGUCUAACCUACAACCAGGCAAAGCAGAGUUAAAGCUAUUAGAGAGUGAACUUUUGCCUCCCACAGUACCAGAGAUAACCACUGGUGUGCUCGAUACACAGACAGACGCGCAGGAACUCGGUCUGGGCGAUAAAGUUCUCACACCCUCUGUGCCCGUAAAACAAAUUACACUUCCCGAGGAGGUUGAUCCGUUCGAUACUUCUAUUGCCGAAAAUCUAGCACCUGGCGCUACAGAAAUCAAGUUGCUUGAGAGUGAAUUAAUUGAACGUUAAGUCUUUACGAAAAUCCAAGA